AUGAUAAUUUUACUAAGUCCAAACAAAAGUGAUUUUACAGAGUAUGCUCAACAAUUAAUUGAAUAUUUUGUCAGGACAUUUGAUCAGAUUUAUGGAAAUUACAAUGUAUCGCACAAUGUUCACGGACUUCUUCAUAUUAUUACUGACUAUCAUAAUUUUGGGCCAUUAGAUCAGUGCAGCUGUUACCCUUUUGAAAAUUACAUGAAAGUAUUAAAAUCUGCACUUCGAAAACACGAAAAACCAUUACAGCAGUUUAUUCAUAGGUACGAGGAACAAUGCAAUUUUCCAAAAAAAAAAAUACCAAAAAACUUAUUUUGA